UAGAGACGUAAACUACGUGACGUUACGGGACGUAAACUGCUGCGCUACUUUUCGCUCAUGCUGCAUGGAAAGUUAAUGCAGUUAGCUGUCUAUUGAGAAAAGCAACUUGCUAAAUGGUACGGCGUAUGAAUAGUAAACGGGUGUAUACGUUCACAAACCAUUGGUAACAGGAAAAGAAAGUAUGUCGUUUUGAUGUACUAGCUAUUUUGCUAGCUAAAACGUGGGAUAGCUUACUUAACGAGAGCAUGUCUAUCUGUGAUAAACGAGAAAACGUCUUUCCACAUGACUUUGCUUGGGGAGCUGCAACUUCUGCUUAUCAGAUAGAGGGCGGGUGGAAUGCAGAUGAUAAGGGUCUGAGCAUUUGGGACACUUUUAGCCAUGGGAAGGGCAUGGUGUUUGAAGACCAAAGCGGAGACGUGGCCUGUAACAGCUACACGCUCUGGGAGGAGGACCUGCGCUGUAUAAAGCAGCUGGGUCUGACACACUACCGUAUGUCACUGUCCUGGUCCCGCCUGCUGCCUGAUGGGACCACAAGACACGUCAACCAGAAAGGUGUGAAUUACUAUAACAAAGUGAUAAACGAUUUGCUAGCCGGCAACGUCACGCCCGUGGUCACCCUGUAUCAUUUCGACCUGCCGCAAGCGCUGCAGGACCGGGGCGGGUGGACGUGGGCGGGCGUGGCGGACGCGUUUGAGGCCUACGCGGUGCUCUGCUUCCGGACCUUCGGGGACCGGGUGAGGCUGUGGCUCACUCUGAACGAGCCGUACGUCUGCGCCAAGCUGGGCCACGAGGACGGUCUCUUCGCCCCCGGCGUCAGGGACCCGGGCGUCUCCGCGUACCGCGCGGGGCACAACAUGCUGCGUGCGCACGCCAGGGCCUGGCACGCCUACGACGCCCUCUUCAGGCCCGAGCAGGAGGGAUUAGUGUCCCUGGCGCUCAACGGCGACUGGGCAGAGCCUCUCGAUCCACGCAGCCCUCAGGACGUGGCUGCCACGGAGAGAUACAUGGCCUUCACGUUAGGCUGGUUCGCCAGCCCUGUCUUCAUGACUGGAGACUAUCCAGCCACCAUGAGGUCCCAGAUAGAGGCCAGGAACCUAGCGCAAGGCUUCCCGAGGGACAGGCUGCCAGUUUUCGUGGACACGGAGCCACGGGUUCUGGGCACCGCAGACUUUUUUGCUCUGAACUACUACACGUCCCGCCGGGUGAGAGCUGUGAGCUCUCCCCCCGGGACUCUGAGCUUUAAGGGCGACCGAGAGGCGGAGGACGUGCUGGACCCGUCCUGGCCCGUGUGCGGGGUCCCCUGGCUGGCUGUCGUUCCCGACGGCUUGCGCAAGUUGCUGAAGUACAUAAAGGACACCUGCCAAGAGCCUGCCAUCUAUAUCACAGAGAAUGGCUUUGCUCAGGUUGGGGCGGUUGACCUGGAAGACUCUCAGCGUGGUCAGUUCUACCAGGACACCCUCCUGGAGGUCUCUAAAGCUGUCCGUGAAGAUGGAGUCAGUGUCAGGGGCUAUUUUGCCUGGUCCCUGAUGGAUAAUUUCGAGUGGGCUGAUGGAUUCAGCGUUCGGUUUGGCCUGUUUCACGUGGACUUUGCACAUCCGCAGCUGACACGUACCAUGUACCGCUCAGGGAGAGACUACGCCGACAUCAUUAAGAGAAAUUACUCUCAGUCCGCCAUGAAGAAGUGAGCGGAGUCUUUCCUAGCAAAAGGGGGUCAGUCAUGAACUGAAUUUUCUUUGUGCUCUUAUUUUGGGAAAACUUUCAACUGCUGUCCUAAAUUGGUAUACUUUAAAAAGAAUUAAUAAUAAUUUAAGUGUCAUUUUUAUUUUGUUAAGCUCUCCAGUUACCCUGGAAAUAUAACCGGUUUAAAUGCGGCCUAUUAUGCUAGCGCUGUGUAAUAUGCAAAAUGGCAAUUCAAAAAGACAGUUAGGAGAAAAUUAUUUUCUUUCCUUGCGUUGGGUGUUCUCCAAGUUAAGCAAGGAACGGCGUAAUGUUUAAUUUUAAUAAGGCGGAGGUUCCCGCUUCCAAGUGAAUCUGGGUACGGCCCUGUGCAGAGUGCUCCCCACAGAGAGAGGCCCUGCCAGAUGCAGUCCCUCCACCGCAGACUGCUAAUGUCAACGGUGCAGAUGAGGGCUGGCGCGGGGUAACCCGAUAUGGCAGGCAAACCUCAGGCAGCCAGCGGGCAGGCCCCUAUCGCUCGCAUGAGGGUUUGUAAAUCCGAUUGCGCUCGCGUUCGGAUGGAAACGCACAAUGCUAGGCAUUGUACCGCUGGCCUGGAAGCGAAUCUUUACAUUCAUACCUCGACAAAACCCAUCUAUUCCGCUCCGCGUGGCGGUGUGGGGGUGGGGGUUCCGCUGCUAUGCGGCUAAUAAAGAACAGAAACGGACUACGCAUGUGAAUAAGGACUCCAUGUUACUCCCAACAUACCUACACGCAUACAGCGAAUGGCCCUAGAGUAGGUCC